CCUUUCCCUCUCCUUCCCCGAACACCUUGACGUUUUCGCGGUGUCGUCCGACCACGUGACCGCAGGAGGAGACGCGCCGGGACUCGGAUCGCCUUUUUCCGUGGUGGAGGGGGUGGAGGAAUUUUACGGGGGAAGCGUGGAGCUCGCCCGGGUCCCCCCAGGCAGGGUGUGCGUCCUCCCGGCUGCCGCAGCCAUGAGCCAGGCGGAGGUGUCGGCGUGCUCGGCCCCGCAGAGGGUGUUCCAGGAGGCGGUGAGGAAGGGCAACACCAAGGAGCUGCACUCGCUGCUGCAGAACAUGACCAACUGCGAGUUCAACGUCAACUCCUUCGGGCCGGAGGGCCAGACGGCGCUGCACCAGUCCGUCAUCGACGGCAACCUGGAGCUCGUCAAGCUGCUGGUCAAGUUCGGCGCCGACAUCCGGCUCGCCAACCGGGAGGGCUGGAGCGCCCUGCACAUCGCCGCCUUCGGGGGCCACCAGGACAUCGUGCUGUACCUCGUCACCAAGGCCAAGUACUCGUCGGCGGCGCGGUGAUGCGCGCUCGCCCGCAGGUAACAGCGCGGAUUGCCGAGAGAGAGAAAAAAACAGAAAAAAACGCCGCUCUUUGCUUUUUGCUGGUACUAAAAGCUUUUUUCUCUUCGGGCGGGCGGCUCCGAAUGUACAAACUGACACGCGAGCUGCUUUUUUUUUUUUUUUUUUUUUUUUUUUUUUUUUUUUUUUUCCUGUCACGAAUCCACUUUGGACGUGGGAAUUUAUCAACAUGGCGACUUUUCCGGCUUCCUGACUUACACUGACGUCGUCACGCGAACUGAAGGUUGGCUUGGAAAGAGUCCCACGGAGCACUUGAUGCUGGAGUAUUUGAAAGGGAAAAGUGAACACACACACACCUACAAACACACACACACACGCCAUAGCUUUAUUUUUGUCACUGUUUGAAAGAUGCUCAACUAAACAUUCAAAAAGAGACUUGUUUUUAAACAUCAAACAUGCUAAAAAAAAAAAAAAAGUAACAGGUUUCUUUGUAAACAUGUUCAAAAAGAAACCUGUUUCUUUCUUUUUUUUAACAUGUUUAAAAAAACUGCGGAAAAAGGAAACAUCUUUCUUUUCAAAUGUGUUCAAGAAAAGGUAACCUGCUCAAAAAGACACGUUUCCUUCUAAACAUGUUUUUAAAAAAUGACAUGUUUCUUUGUAAACAUGUUUAAAAAAGAAACAUGUUUCAAAAAACAGUUGGAAAAAGGAAGCAUCUUUCAAAAAAGAAAGAAACCUGCUCAAAAGGAGCGUUUUCAAAAAGGAAAUAUGUUUCCUUUUAAACAUGUUAAAAAAGAAACCGGUUUCUUUUUUUUUAAACAUGUUUUUUUUUAAGAACGGUUGAAAAAGGAAACAUCUUUCUUUUCAAACGUGUUCAAAGAAAGAAACCUGCUCAAAAGGAAUGUUUGAAAAAAAUAACAUGUUUCUUUAUAAACAUGUUAAAAAAGAAACCUGUUUUUUUAAACAUGUUUUUUUUUUUUUAAACUGUUGAAAAAGGAAACAUCUUUCUUUUCAAACAUAUUCAAAGAAAGAAACAUGCUCAAAAAACAGUUGGAAAAAGGAAACAUCUUUCUUUUCAAACGUAUUCAAAGAAAGAAACCUGCUCAAAAAAACAGUUGGAAAAAGGAAACAUCUUUCUUUUCGAAUGAGUUCAAAAAAGAAACCUGUUUCUUUUUUUUAAACAUGUUUUUUUUAAAAACGGUUGAAAAGGGAAACAUCUUUCUUUUCAAACGUGUUCAAAGAAAGAAACCUGCUCAAAAGGAACAUUUAAAAAAAAUAACAUGUUUCUUCGUAAACAUGUUAAAAAAGAAACCUGUUUUUUUUUUUUUUUAAACUGUUGAAAAAGGAAAUAUCUUUCUUUUCAAACGUAUUCAAAGAAAGAAACCUGCUCAAAAUACAGUUGGAAAAAGGAAACAUCUUUCUUUUCGAAUGAGUUCAAAAAAGAAACCUGUUUCUUUUUUUUAAACAUGUUUUUUUUUUAAACGGUUGAAAAAGCAAACAUCCUUCUUCUCAAACGUGUUCAAAGAAAGAAACCUGCUCAAAAGGAACAUUAAAAAAACCCAAACAUGUUUCUUUGUAAACAUGUUUUUUUUUAAAAACUGUUGAAAAAGGAUAUAUCUUUCUUUUUAAACGUGUUAAAAAAAAAAGAUACCUGCUCAAAAGGAGCGUUUUCAAAAAGGACACAUGUUUCCUUUUAAACAUGUUAAAAAAAUGACAUUUCUUUGUAAACAUGUUCAAAAAGAAACCUGUUUCUUUUUUUAAACAUGUUUAAAAAAAACUGUGGAUAAAGGAAACAUCUUUCUUUUCAAACGUGUUCAAAAAAGAAAACCUGCUCAAAGGGAGCGUUGUCAAAAAGGAAAGACAUUUCCUUUUAAACAUGUUCAAAAAAUGGCAUGUUUCUUUGCAAACAUGUUAAAAAAGAAACCUGUUUUUUUAAAAAACGUGUUUCAAAAAAACUGUUGAAAAAUGAUUUCCUUUCAAACGUGUUCAAAGAAAGAAACCUGCUCAAAAGGAACGUUUUCAAAAAAGAAACAUGUUUCUUUGUCAACAUGUUCAAAAAUAAAUCUGUUUCUUUUUUUUAAACAUGUUUAAAAAAAACUGUUGAAAAGGGAAACAUCUUUCUCUUCAAAAAUGUUCAAGGAAAGAAACCUGCUCAAAAGGAGCAUUUUCAAAAAGGACACGUGUUUCCUUUUAAACAUGUUCAAAAAAUGACAUGUUUCUUUGUAAACAUGUUCAAAAAGAAACCUGUUUCUUUUUUUGAACAUGUUUUUUAAAAAAACUGUUGAAAAAGGAAACAUCUUUCUUUUCAAAUGUGUUUAAAGACAGAAACCUGCUCAAAAGGAACGUUUUCAAAAAGGAAUCAUGUUUCCUUUUAAACGUGCUCAAACAUAAACAUAAAAAGAAACAUGAUUCGAAAACAAGCAUGCUUUUUUAAAACAUGCUAAAGAAAUGUGUUUCUUUUUUUAAACUUUUUUUUUUUUUAAAUUGUUGAAAAAGUAAACAUCUUUCUUUUCAAACAUGUUCAAAAAAUAAGCCUGCUCAAAAGGAACGUUUUCAAAAAGACACUUGUUAUCUUUUAAACAUGCUCAAACGUAAACAUGUCAAAAGUAAAACAUAAUUAAAAACAAGCAUAUUUAAAAAAAAACAUGUUUAAAAAGAAAGUUGUUCAAAAAAAGGGUGUUCAAAAACAGUAAUGUUUCUUUUUAAACCUGUUAAAAAAAAGGUGUUCAAAAAGAAACAUGUUUCCUUUUCAACAUGUUAAAAGCUGUUCAAAAAGAAACAUGGUCAAAAUGAUUGUUUUCAAAAAGACUGUUUCUUUUUAAAUAUAAUCAAAACUAAACAUGUAAAAAAAGAAACAUGCUGAAAAAUAAACUUGAUUCUUUUUUUUCUUUUUUUGGGGAAACAUGUAUCUUUUUAAACCUGUUCAAAAAAGAAACCUGUUCAAAAAAGAAAGGUGUUCAAAAACAGGCACAUUUCUUUUUAAACCAGUUAAAAAAAGAAAGGUGUUGAGAAAAGAAACCUAAAUGAAACCUGCUCAAAAUAGAACAUGUUCAAAAAGAGGCAUGUUUCUUUUUAAACCUGUUCAAGAAUAGAAACCGGUUCAAAAAAAGAAGGGUGUUAAAAAGGAGGCAUAUUUCUUUUUAAACCUGUUCAAGAAAGGUGUUGACGAUGAAACAUGUUUAAAAAAAGAAACAUGUUAAAAAAAUGUACCCGUUCGAAAAAGGUGUUCUAAAUGCAACAUGUUCAAAAAGAGGAAUGUUUCUUUUUAAACCUGUUCAAGAAAAGAAACCGGUUAAAAAAAAAGAAGGGUGUUGGAGAGGAGGCAUGUUUCUUUUUAAACCUGUUCAAAAAAGAAAGGUGUUGAAAAGGAAACAUGUUUAAAAAAAGAAACAUGUUUGAAAAAUGUGUUUUAAAUGAAACCUGUUCAAAAUAGAACAUGUUCAAAAAGAGGCAUGUUUCUUUUUAAACCUUUUCAAAAAAGAAACCUGUUCAAAAAAAAAGAAAGAUGUUGAAAAAGGGCGUGCAGAGGAGGCGUGUCUCUGUUGAAAGGUGUUUUUGGAGGCAGGUGCCAACAUGUCAGCAUGGAGCCAACAUGGCGCCCAAGAAGCUGGUGGUAUUUAUGAAGGUACAUUAGAAAAAAGAAGAAAGGUUUCAAAGCUGCUCGACUUCCCAGCAGGAGUGUCGUGUUCCCACUUGCCUUUUGUCAGCUACCUCGACUUGUCAAGUAUUCUCAUGCCAGGAACUGUUUGUACGUCUUCAAAGCACCUGCGUCCUCAGCUGGAACACACUACAACCAAACCGGCGUCGAUAUCGCUGUCAUCGUCAUCAGUAUCAUUGUCAUUGGGGAGGGAAGACAACAACAAAAAUGGCUUCUUAAAUGCAGGGAGUUUUGAAUUGCACAAACGAGUGGAGUUGAGCGCCUCUAGUGUCUGUAUGGGGUAACUACAGUACUACUGACUUUUUGAUCAAUACGUUAGAAAUCACCCCGACAUUGAUUGAUGCUGCUUGUAUUUAUUGUGACGUCACAAUAAGCAGAAGUCGUUUGGCAACACAAACAAUAUGCAUCGCAAACUUGACCUUUUGUUGUUUCCUGUCUUUUGCUUUGAAAUAUUGCACUGACGACUUGUUGUUGUUGUUUAGCUUUUUUUGUUUUUUUUAAACAUGACAUUUGAAAAGAACUCUUUUUCUGGAUAGAAAAAACAAAAACAGCAAAAAUAUUAUUGUAUAAAAAGUAUGCUCUAGGAUGUAUUUUGUUGUUGUUGUUGUUGUUGUUGUGGGGGGGAUGUUUUUUUUCUCCCCCUGAGAAUGUGUUUGCUUGUGCGUGCGUGUGUGUGUGUCUGUUUUAUACAUAUAUAUUAUAUAU